AUGUUUCGAUUUAGGAGCUUGCUUCAAGCGCGCAAGGUGCGUCCCUCCCUCAACGCUGCCUCUCCUCUGGCACUGGACGUCUCCUGUCUCGGAGUUUUGUCUCGCUCUCCGUAGGCUGGUCUUUUAUUGUUCGCUGAUAUCUUGUCAUGUUUAUUCCCGUUACGCGCGAUGUUAUCUUGAUUUCCUUUGCCCGUUUGAUGAUCACCGAUUGUUUUCUACCCAUGGUAUGAAAACAUCGGGAUCCUAACCGGCUCUCCGUUGACUUGUUCAUAUUCUGAAGCUCAUCUUGACUUAAUUAGCAUGAUACUAUGCCGACAUCAAGCGCAGAGUGUAGAUACAGGUUUAUUCUGUUUAAUCCUUGCCCGUGAGGAGAGGUUGAUAUCCUACAAUAACUAGAGAGAGUUCUCAAAAAAUCUCAGUCGAGUAACCCUUCAGUGGGGUACGACUCAUACAAUAUGUCCUUUUUUUAGACCCCUUUCACGCAAGUCAACUCACAGAACACCAUCAUGAUAAUCCUUCCCCAGUUUCUCGAACAUGCAACUUGCUGCAUUCCUAUUCAAGAUUUUUCAUAUUAUCACCAUCAAACGUCUUGCUUACGGCGAUUUACGGUCUUGUCAUGCCGAGGAAAACCCAGGGAUCCAGGGGAUAGGAGGGAAAUGGGUGAUUAAAAGGUCAGUGAUUUAUAUAAAACAAAAACUUUUCCGGGAUGUGGACAUCAUUUUCUUCCUCUUUUUCCCACAUUUCAUAUAUUUUUCGUUGAUCAGCUACAUUCAAGUCGGGCAAAUCCAACAGUGUUAAAAAGAUCUCCAGGGGUCCUACCUAUUCUUUUUUCUUGACCGCAGCAUACUAGUCCAAAGCUCUGGAGGACUCAUAUGAGACAGCCUGGGCCAGUAAAUCAUUAAUUUGCCAUCAGAAGAUAUAAUCAUAGCAGCAAUCGCAUACAAUUUGGAUCAUGUUCAACAAGGCGGCAGCAUUGUGCUAAAUCAGGACUCGUGCAGUCCAAUUCAGAGGCUAUUGGGGCCUUUGGCAUUUGCUUAUGGAAGAUCAUAAUAUGCCAUGAAUAUUUGUGUAUGUUUCACAGAGACUUCAGUUACUUGGGAGAGUCAGAGAAGCUGAUACACUGCAUGGUCUGUGCAUGUGAAAAAUAUCAUUUUUCAUAAGAAGAUGAAUUCUCUUACCACAUUGCACACGGCAUUGUUCACCUCUGACUUAUGCUCUGCAGAUAAGUGUGAAAUCUAGUUUAAUUUGAAACUAACUUGCACUCCAUUCAUUCUCUUCAGGUCAUCCGUAAUGCAGUGUACAAGCUGAGAGGCAUUAGCUUUCAAUCCCCAGAUGCUUGUGCCCCUGAGGUGUUGAAUCCCGAACAUUUUCCUCCACUUUUCCGUCCACUGCCGGGAUUCAAGCUGCCUCCAUGUAUUGAAGGCAAUGCAGAACAGCACCCUACCAAGAUCACAGUUCUUCCUAAUGGUCUUAAGAUUGCAUCCGAAAACUCCACAGUGAGCUUAUCAAUUUUCCUUUGGGUUUUGCUUUCUUGUCUCCUAAACUCUAAACACGAGUCCAUGGCAAUGGCUGUUGAAACAUAUUUGCAUUUAUUCGGGGCCCUAUUUCAGAUAUGUCUUUUCCUAAGUUUUCUUGAUGUCAGGGACCUGCUGCCUGCAUAGGACUAUAUGUCGACUGUGGCUCUAUCUAUGAGACGGAGGAGUCUAUGGGCGCCACACAUGUUUUAGAAAGAAUGGCCUUCAAAAGUACGAGAAACCGCAGUCAUUUGCAUAUGAUUCGCGAAAUCGAAGCAACUGGUGGGAAUGUGGGUGCAUCUGCUUCUAGGGAACAGAUGGGAUACAGUUAUGAUAUGCUAAAGACCUAUGUUCCUGAGGCAAUUGAAUUACUCAUUGAUUCCGUCAGAAACCCAAUGUUUCUUGACGAUGAGAUCAAGGAGCAGGUUAGCCGUAUAUUGUUUUGGUGUCAACCAUCUUAUUCACUGUCCAAAAUCUGUGCGUUGACAUUAUGGGACGAAAUGAACAGGUGGCUAAACUGAAAACAGAACUCAGAGAUAUUUCCAAGGAUCCUCAGCAGUUCCUCAUCGAAUCUCUUCAUCUCGUUGGUUACUCCGGUGCACUCGCGAAUCCAUUGAUUGCCCCUGAAGCGGUUUUGGACAGACUAGAUGGAUCUUCAAUUGGCAAGUUUUAUCAUGUACGCCCUUGUUCAACCUUACUAGAAUAUGAUUUUAAGAAUUUUGACAAUGGAAUAUGAAUUUGCGACUUAAAAGGAUAUGAUAUUCACAGGAGAAUUAUACUGCAGACCGCAUGGUUUUGGCAGCAUACGGGUUAGAUCACGAGCAAUUAUUGUAUGUCGCAGAGCCUUUGCUGUACGACUUGCAGAAAGGCCCUGCUCUAGCCUUGCCACAAUCUGUGUAUAUCGGUGGAGAAAUCAGGCGCCGAGAAGAUUCUGAGGUGUCCCAGGAUUCUCUUAGCUUGGAUAAAGUUUCUUAUUUCUUCUGUUCGUGUGGUUGAACAUCGCACUCUUUCUGUUUCUUCUCACAACAGAGGACUCAUGUGGCUCUGGGAUUUGAAGUCCCUGGAGGUUGGCAUAAUGAGAAAGACGCAACAGCUGUCACUGUGCUGCAGGUAAUGCAAAAUACUGAACUCCAAUGUGCUUCCUCUGUUGGGGCAAUUCUUCGUGCAUUCGUUAUGUCAUAUAAAUUGAGGUUUGAUCCUCUGACAGUUCCUGUUGGGCGGUGGUGGCUCGUUUUCUGCUGGUGGCCCUGGGAAGGGGAUGCAUUCUCGACUCUGUAAGUUAUCGAUCCAUUGAUGAAAUCUUUUUCUCUCUCUAGAGAGUGAUCUUCUGAUUAACCUGUUAUCUCUCUAUUUCCUUCUUUUAUGUUCAUCAUGAGGAUGCUGGGUUUUAUUAUUAGUUUAGUAUUCAACCAUGAUCGAACCCAAGUUGGUAAGAUGGGGCAUGAAUUGAGGCAUGAUGUCCCAAGAACUUCUUCUUACUAUCUAGGAAGGCGUGCUUUUUCGUAAAUAUAAUCAGCGGUUGACUUGUCUUUCUGCAGCCAACUAUAUUAUUUCUAGUUAUCGUCCAUAAAAAAACACAAUCAUUUGAUAGAAUAUUCUCUCUUGAUAAAAAAAAAUAUUGUUUUGAAUAUUACCUUUGCAAUCCCAUUUCAUCAGGAACAAAAUUUCAAUUUCUCUUGAAUUCUCAGGCGAAUGAAUGGUGACUUCAAGAACUCUGAUUCCCCAGAAAUGUUCAGACCUUCAUCUCUAGAUUAUAUACAGAGAUCAUUAAAGAAUUCUCCAAGUCUUCGCUAUUUGACCUGCUUUUCUAUCUCUUACAUGGUCAACACUUACCACAGUCAUGUGCAUCCCUCUUUGGUAUCAUCAUCAUCAUCAUCAUCAUCAUCAUCAUCAUCAUCAUCAUAUGCGGAAGUAUCUCUUAGCUGGUGCUUGGUGCAGAUCUCCGCGUCCUCAAUAAAUACCAACAAGUUCAGUCCAUCUCGGCUUUCAGCAGCAUAUACAACGACAAUGGUCUCUUUGGCAUCCACCUGACCACCGUAAGUCCCAUUCAAGAUCCUCCAGAUGUGUUGAAAUAUUCAUUUAUUUAUUCGCAGCUAAAUUAUGCUAAAUAUGCAUCCCAUUUAGUGAUAUCCUGCCUCAGUAAAUGUAAUCAGGAGAGCAGAUUGGUCUCAAUUAUUUUAAUAAUUUCAGGGUCCAGAAUUUGUGGCGAAGCUUGUGGAGAUAGCGGCCGCCGAAUUGCUAUCUGUGGCAACACCUGGCCGAGGUGCAUUCCCACUUUCUUAAAACAUUAUAUGUGUGUAUAUAUGUAUUACCAUAUAAACAAUCUUGGGUCAUUUGGGUUCAGUCUCGGAGAUCGAAUUCCAGCGGGCCAAGAACACCACCAGAUCUGCCGUCUUGAUGAACCUGGAGUCAAGGGUAAGAAUGGCAUCCCAUUUUUUUAUUUAAUUCAUGUUUAAUGCUUUUAUGACUUUGAAGAUUGAGCUUGGUUGAUGUCCAGAUGAUCAUCGCAGAGGAUAUUGGGAGGCAGCUGUUGACUUACGGGUGCCGGUAGGAUGUGUGAAGCACAGGAACCGCCUCUAUGUGCCCAUCACGCCUCUGUGUUUGAUUGCUGUUAUUACUUCUACAGGAAACCCGUGGAGCAUUUCCUGGGAUUUCUGGAUGAGCUGACUCUCGAUGAUCUCACGGCCGUGGCAGGGAAGGUGUUGUCAUCUAAGUUGACCAUGGCCUGCUUGGGAGAUGGUAGUUUCCUUUUUUUCGGCUUAUUUUUAAUUGCAUUUAAUUGUGGUUAUUAUUCGAUCAGAGAAUUAUUCAAGGGUUGUUCAUUCAUUUCACUUCUGACGCGUCUCCACAGUUGACCGCGUGCCGACUUAUGCCUCAGUGAGCCAAAUCUUUGGCCACUAG